GUCGAUAAUAAGUGCCGUCGAAGAGAUUGUAACAAGAUAUUCGUUUUAAAGACAUUAUAAAGUGAUAAUCGUUUUUUUUUGUAAUUGUACAGUUAUUGGAAACAAGAUGAUAUCGAAGAAAACAUUUUGUUUUUUCCUGUGUUCCACGGUAUUUAUACAACAACAAAACUGCUCUCCAGUGCCAACAAACCGCAAAAUACGUCAUGACAUGCGAAGAAAUUCCGUAGAUCAAGGGGACGAUGCAUCCUCUUCAACAACAUCGAGUGAUUCUUCCGUGCAGAGCAAAACAACUCCGUCGUCCCGAUCAAAUUCAGCAAGUUCAGAAUCCUCUAGCCCUCAGUAUGCAGCUUUCAGCACCACAGCACUUCCGAUUGUUUCGAGCACCGCGAACGAUGUUGUGAAGUUAGCUGAUAUCUUCAACCAACCGGAACCUACCAAAAUGGAUAAAAUCGUCAAACGGAACAUCGUUGAAGCCGAUAUCUCCGAUACACUGGGGCGAACUAGGCUGCUAGACAACGAAUCCCACCGAGAAAAUGCCGAUGACGACAUGGAAGUGGCCGAAACUCAUCUCUUCCGGCCCCUUUUCAAGUACAAAGUCGUCAAAGAGGAACGGAGACAUAUCCGCAAUACGGUGACCUCAACCAGCCCCAAACCGGGCAGAAAUUAGUGAUAGCAUUAGUUGUAUGAAUAUUUUUGUAAAUAAAUAU